AUGAAGCUUCCGGUGCUUAAACUACCCCAAAUCCGCCCAUCUUCAACUACUACUGUCAACACUGACAGAGCUCUAAGUGCUCAAAAAGAUACAAAUACAUAUGAUCAAUGGCGUGCAAAUAUUCAUCGACAGUUAGAAGACGAUCUUCAACGACAAGUACAACAAGUACUUGAAGAAACAGAAAGACAAGAACGUUUAGCUAAAUUACGUCGACAAUAUCUUCGAGCUGGUCAACAUCUUUCAUCACAACAAAAUGAAACAAAUGCUCAUCAAAAUGAUUCAUGGAAUGAAAUAGAUCGACGUAAUCAACGUCUUCUUCAUCCACUUAACGCAAAAGAAUCGUAUGGAACACAAAAUCAUCUUUCGACAUUUAAUCAUCAAAGAAAUACAUUUUGUAGCAAUAGUUUUCAUCUAGAUUCAUACACAAGAUUUUGUCAUCGUCGGAGACUUUCAUCAAAUCGAACUGACGAGCAUGUAUUAGACGAUUCAUCAUUUGACUUGCAAAGUGUUCAUGGCAAACGAGCACAACUAACUUCAAUUAAUAGGGAUUCAUCAUUUUUAUAUGGAAAUAGUAUUCUUAAAACGAAUAAAGCUGAUAUCAUAAAUAUACUUGAUCAACAAAUCAAUAACGGUGAGAAUACAAGUCCUUAUAUUAAUAAAUAUGGAAUUAUUAUUGAUGAAGAUGGACCAUUCUGGCCAAAUGACUUUCGUAUUCUUCAUCCAACACCAAAAUUACUUAGCCGCGAAUUGUCACCUAAAGAAUUUUAUUUAACAAUCACAAAUUCAUCAUUGCCAAGUAAGUAA